AUGCGGUCGUGGUACAGUAUGCUGGUCUUGAGUACGCUCGAACCAGCCGUUCGCGCUGCAAAUCUGACCUCACAUGUAAAUCUAUUCUUGGGAACGCAAAAUGGUGGCAACGACUUCCCCGGAGCGGCUCGUCCCUUUGGAGUGGUGAAGCUAGGUCCCGACCUGUAUGUCUCUGGAACAGACUCUUAUUCUGGCUACUUGCCCAAUGGCAAUUUCUCGGGGUUCAGUAUGAUGCAUGAACAGGGCACCGGAGGCGCCCCCAAGUACGGCACAGUCUCCCAACUGCCUCUAGUUGGGAACAUCAGUAACCCGCUCUCCAACAUAACCAUCGGCCGAUCAGGCACGGACGAGGCAUCUGUGGGCUACUACAAGGCACAGACGGUUGAAGGAACAGUUGUGGAGCUGAGUGCAUCUGCUCAUGCAGGAAUUUAUCAAUAUACCUUCCCGAACGGCGCAGACGGGAACGUCUUGAUUGAUGUUUCGCAUGUCCUGCCGUCAUACAGGGGAAUGGGCCUCAGCCAGGGGUAUAAAGGUGGAAAUAUCACCAUCUUCCCCGACGGGCACUAUGAGGGCCACGGAGUAUAUGACAAUGGGUGGAAUCGUUCUCCCGAUUGGUCUAUCUACUUCUGUGGCCACUUCGAUGCCUCGCCCGUCAGCAACAAAACAUAUAUUGGAACUGAUUCGGACGGCAGUGCUGAGCAAAGCACUGGAUUCGCAUCUUCUUCAUCAGGCUCAACGCGGGUCGGGGGCCUUUUCACCUUCAAUAGUCCUGUAGUCACCUCUCGUGUGGGAAUUUCGUGGAUAUCCACGGAGAAGGCUUGCAAGAAUGUUGAAGAUGAGAUACCGGAAGAUAAGAAAUUUGAUUCGGUCGUGGCCGAAGCCCAGUCCGAAUGGGAAGCCAAGGUUUUGUCGAAGGUCAUCACAAGCAACACAAACGAGACCACACUCACAUUGCUGUAUACUUCUCUUUAUUUCAUGCAUCUGAUCCCCACAAAUCAAACAGGGGAGAACCCUCAAUGGACAUCCCAGGAGCCAUACUAUGAGGACAUAUUCACUUACUGGGAUCUUUUCCGCUGCUCGACUGCUCUCAUGCAGGUGUUGCAGCCCACCGCCUAUGAAGAGCAGAUCCGGUCCCUGAUCGAUAUUUGGCGAUUCGAGGGCUACAUGCCCGACGCACGAUCCUCGAAUUACAAUGGUCGCACCCAGGGCGGCUCGAAUGCUGACAACAUCUUGGCUGAUGCGUAUGUCAAAGGUGUGCGCGGGGCUGUAAACUGGGAUGAUGGCUACAAGGCCAUGGUCAAAGAUGCAGAAGUGACUCCACCCAACUACCCUGUCGAUCCUCAGGCGCCCGAUUCCUCAACCAAAGAAGGGAGAGGGGCAUUGCCGGACUGGCUUAGCCUGGGCUAUAUCACGCCCAGAUUCAGCCGAGCUGUCACGCGAGCAGUGGAAUAUUCAUGCAAUGACUUCGGACUGUACCAGGUAGCAUCGGGGCUCGGGAAAGAUGAUGAUGCAGCAAAGUAUCUGAAUCGUUCCAGGAACUGGCGGAACCACUGGAAUGCGAACCAGACCUCGCUGGGAUUCUCUGGCUUCGUUGUGCCUCGAAAUGAGUCUGGUUUCAUUGAGACUGAUCCACUGAACGACAGCGGCUAUUGGGGGGACCCUCACUACGAAGCCAGCUCAUGGGCUUAUUCGUGGGCAAGCAUCCACGAUAUGAAAACGAUGGUCGACAUGAUGGGCGGUAAUCAGACCGUUCUCGACCGUCUGAACACGAUGUUCGAGGGAGCCAGCGGCUCCAGCGGCAUCAUCUUCGACCCUACGAAUGAACCCAUGUUCAACGUCCCUUAUUUGUAUCAUUAUAUCGGCCGGCAAGAUAUGUCAGUCUUCCGGUCGCGCGAUAUUGCUAAAUCGUAUUAUGCUACCGGUGUGUCCGGACUUCCCGGUAACAGCGAUGCUGGAGCGAUGCAGACAUGGUUACUGUGGAAUAUGAUCGGAUUGUACCCGGUGACAGGGCAAUCGACCUUCCUGGUCCAUUCCCCUUGGUUCGACUCCCUUGUUAUUGACCUUGGGGAUGGGAAGCACCUGAAUGUCACCUCCAGUGGUGGUGACGGAAACGGUGGGGGUAAUAUCUAUGUGCAGCGCCUUCGCGUAAAUGGGAAUGACUGGAAACAGAAUUGGUUAACAUGGGACGACAUCUUUGCUCGAGGAGGGACACUGGAGUUCGAGUUGAGAAAGACAGCAAGUGACUGGUUCACAGGGGAGCUGCCACCAAGUCCAGCUUCAUAA